UCAAGCGUUUAUAAAUUUAGUGCAUUGACAAAAAUUAAAAAUAUUUUAUUCUAAAAAAUAUUUUCCAAUAUUUAAGGAAAUGUCUGUUGUGAUAGAAACUACAAUAGGCGAUAUUACCGUUGAUUUGUUUAUAGAAGAAAGAUUUAAAGCAUGCUUAAAUUUCUUGAAAUUGUGUAAACUAAAAUACUACAACUACAAUUUGUUCCAUAAUAUUGAAAGAAAUUUCAUUGCACAAAGUGGGGAUCCAACUGGAGCUGGCGAUGGAGGAGAAUCAAUUUGGGGAGUUAUUGAAGGUCGGCAUAAACGUUUCUUUGAAGCAGAAAAUUUGCCAAAAAUUAAACAUGAUAUAUCGGGGUUGCUAUCGUUGGUCAGCAUUGGUAAACAAAUGGUCAGCUCACAAUUUUUUUUUACCCUUGGACAAGAUCUUAUAUCUUUAGACAAUAUGCAUUGUGUUAUAGGAGAGGUAGUUGAAGGACAUGAUGUAUUGAGAAAAUUAAACGAAGCUAUAGUUGAUGAAAAAUUUCGUCCAUAUCAAGAUAUUCGAAUUACACAUACUGUUAUUCUAGAAGAUCCAUUCGAAGAUCCUCGCGGACUCCGAGUGCCCAGUAGAUCACCUUCACCUUCGGCGGAGAGGCUCAAAAAUGGCAGGAUAGCCGCUGAUGAAGAUAUAGAUGAUACGGAAGGAAAAACAGCACAGGAAAUACAAGAAAUGCUAGCGGAGAGAGAAGCAAAAGCUCGAGCAACAAUUUUGGAAAUUGUAGGAGAUUUGCCUGAUGCUGAUAUUGCCCCACCAGAAAAUGUCCUUUUUGUAUGUAAACUUAAUCCUGUGACCACAGAGGAUGAUUUAGAAAUUAUAUUUAGCCGUUUUGGAAAAGUAAUUGGAUGUGAAGUUAUAAAAGAUAAAAUUUCUGGAGAUUCGUUGCAGUAUGCGUUUGUUGAAUUUGAAGAUAAAAAAGCUUGUGAAGCUGCUUAUUUUAAAAUGGAUAAUGUUUUAAUUGAUGAUAGAAGAAUACAUGUUGAUUUUUCACAAUCAGUAGCAAAAGUCCAAUGGAAAGGAAAAGGACGUGGUUUAAUUUAUAAAGAAGGGAAAGAAGAUAGAAAACUUGACUUUAAUAAUUAUAAGAACAUUAGAAAAGAAAACAAAAACUUUAUGACGACCAGUAGAACUAGAAAAUCAAGAAGUCCUCAAUACAAAAUUAAUUCAAACUCAAAACGUAGAAGCAGAUCAGAAAGUCCUUCACGUAGCUUUGGGUACAAAAGUGGUACUAGUAGAAAUAAAUAUUCUGAUAGGAGAUAUGAAAGACAUAGGGAUAGAUCACCCUAUAGGAAAUCAUUUCAGUCAAGCUAUCAUGAAAAUAAAGAUGGAUAUGAAAAAGUUCGAAAUCAAAGGAGUGAUUAUUCAGAAAAACGUUAUUCCCGAAAAAGUAGAUCGCGCUCUCCUAUUAGUAAGUCUUCUUUUUCAAGUUACAGUUAUCACAAAUUAGAAUUUAAUAAAUCUUGUAAUAGAGAUUCUCAAAAGAGUGAAAACCAAGAUAAAAAUGACGAUAAAAAAAAUAGUUCAACAUCAAAUAAAAAAGUAAGAGAUGAAAAAAGAAAUUCGGAAAAAGAAAAAAUUUACAAAAGAUAUGAAGCAGAAAAUAAAAAAUCUAGCAAGUCAAAGAAACAUAAAAAAGAAAAGAAAAAACACAAUAGAAAGAAGUCUUCCACAGAAAGCGAUUCUAGCAGUUCAUCUUCGUCUACAUCGACACCACAAAAAAAGAGAAAACACCGCCGCCAAAAAAGAUCUAGUUCUUAAAUAGACAAAUAAAAUUUUGCAAAUAGAAAAUUUAUAACAUUAUAAAUUUUAUCAAAGUAAGAAUAAAUUACAUGUAUAUAUUCAUGAUAA